AACUCGGCAGCUAAAAUGCCUUCCGAAAAGCCUUUUCAUCAUAGAGCUACUCUUAAGCAAACAAACAAACCUUUUAAAUCGAAACAUGCUACAAAAGGUUCUCUAAAAGAUAAAGCAAAAGGUAAAGUUAAGCGUAAACCUGUAAAGCAGUCGAUCACACGCCCUAAUUUCAUUUCAAAGGCUGAUCGCCGCAACGCUGCCAAGUUGGAACAGAGAAAAAAGAGAGAAGAAUUGAUAAAAGCCAAUAGAUUUUUUGAAGGACGGAAUAGUACUCCAAAAAUUGUGGCUGUUAUCCCUUUAUGUUCCGAUGUAGAUUCACUAAAUGUUGUAGAAAAUAUAUAUGCAAGCGUCGAACAAUCGACUUCAUCAAUUAAUGAAAGCAUUGCUUUCUUGAACGCUGAACGUUUCAAGCAAAAAGUACAAUUCAUAAUUUUGGAACGCAAUUUCAUUGAUAUUCUUGAUGCAUGCAAGGUGGCAGACUUUAUGUUAUUGGUGCUUUCAGCAAAAGUUGAGGCUGAUCAAUUUGGAGAAUUAUGUCUUAAAGCCAUUCAAUCCCAAGGUUUUCCGUCAAUAAUAUCGUCAGUUUUGUAUUUAGAAGAAAUUCCACAAAAGAAACGCAAUGAUGUUAAAAAAUCGCUUUUAAGCUUCCUUAAUUAUUUUUUUCCUGAAGAAGAGAAAAUUCAUAUUGCAGACCAGUCACAGGAAGCUCUAAACAUACUUAGAACAAUAUGUACUCAACUUCCUAAACAAGUUUCAUGGAGAGAAACGCGCCCAUACAUGCUUGUAGAAAAGUUAGCUUUUGAAAACGCUGACAAUCAAGAUAAGGGAACUCUUAGAGUUACGGGAUAUGCUAGGGGAACAGCUUUUUCCGCAAAUCGCUUAAUACAUUUGCAGAACUUCGGUGAUUUUCAAUUAAAUCAGAUUACAUCCUGUCCAAGGCAAUCCAAGGAUGGAGAAAUGAUAGAAGAUAUUAAAGUUCUGGAUAUUGCAAAUCCGGAAGAACAGGCAAUCGCGGAAAAUGAACCAAAUUUUAUGGAAAAUGAGCAAACAUGGCCAACUGAAGAAGAAAUUGCUGGUAAUGAAGGUCAUAUUGAACUGAUGAAAUCUGAAGAUAUACCAAAUGCGCUCCCCGUUCAUUAUGAUGAGGAAUAUGAAGACAUUGAAGUUGAAAGUAAGCAAAGUGAGUUAAAUGAUCACUUGGAUCCUGAGGAAGAAGAUAGGCAGUUAAAGGAAUAUUUUGCCAGUCGAGAAAAAGAACACCGAGAUGACCUCGAAUUUCCGGACGAAGUGGACACACCAUUGGAUAAGGCCGCUCGAAUCCGUUUUCAAAAAUAUCGAGGUUUACAAAGCUUUCGUACUUCACCAUGGGAUCCAAACGAAAAUUUACCGAUUGAUUAUGGUAGGAUCUUUCAAUUCGAAAAUUAUAGAAGAACAAAAAGUAGAGUUAUUAGUCAGGCAUUUUCCCAUGCAAGCGGUGUAAAGGUUGGAACAUACAUUACUCUACAUAUAGCUAAUGUCCCUAAACAAGUAGCAGUUUUUGGCCUCUUUGAAUAUGAACAUAAAAUCUCUGUUUUGAAUUUUUUUAUAACAAGAAAUAGUGAAUACGAAGAACCAAUUAAAUCGAAGGAUCCGCUUAUCAUGCAUUGUGGAUUCCGUCGGUAUGUGGUGAGGCCAUUGUACUCGCAAAAUACACUAGGAGGAAAAGGUACUAAUAAUGUUCAUAAAUAUGAGAAAUUUAUUAAUCCUGGAAGAUCUUACAUCGCUACCAUUUAUGGUCCGAUCAAUUUCGGGAACUUACCUGUUACUUUUUACAAGGAUACUGGUGACAUUAAUGCACCAACAUGUGUGGCUAGCGGCUUUUUCGUAAACUCUGACCCGAAACGAAUAAUCGCAAAGCGUAUUAUUCUGACCGGAUAUCCAUUUAAAAUAAACAAAAAAUCUGCAGUUGUGAGAUAUAUGUUUUUUAAUCCUGAGGACGUAUUAUGGUUUAAGCCAGUUCAAUUAACCACAAAGUACGGUCGUACUGGGCAUAUUAAAGAAUCAUUAGGUACACACGGGUAUAUGAAAUGUGUGUUUGAUUCACCUAUAAAACAACAGGAUACAGUAAUGAUGAAUCUUUAUAAGCGAGUAUUUCCUAAAUUGAAUGCUACAGUUUUGUGGUGUAGUGGAACAAAAAUGACAGAAUCAAGUCAGCAAGAAGAUAAGAAUAGAGGAAUAAGCACUGAUGAUGUUGAAAUGAAAAAUACUGAUGUUUUUUAA